CCACCGCUCAUUCUCCCGCCGUUCUCUCCCCUUCUCUCCUCCCAUCUUCCAUCAUCAUCACCGCCGACGACCUGAACUCUGCGAUGUCAUCCCCCACGACGAACAACAACGGCGCUGCUGCUCUCCCCCUUCCACAUCGCCGUGAGGCAUCCGCACCAAAGGGCAAUAAGCCACCCGUGUGGGCCGUCGAAAAUACCACCACGCCUUCUGUGCCUGAGCCUUUGACCGCGAAGUGUGCAAGACAUCAGAAUGAGAGGGCAGGUGUUUGCUGCAAGGAGCUCAAGGGAGACGAUGAGCGUACAUUGAUUGACCCAGAUGUCGUGCGGGAUGUUGUUAUCGGCCUCUCAGAUGGUCUCACAGUCCCCUUCGCCCUUACCGCCGGUCUCUCUUCCCUCGGCGAAUCAAAACUAGUCGUCCUCGGUGGAAUCGCUGAACUCAUAGCCGGUGCCAUCUCAAUGGGCAUCGGAGGUUUCCUCGCCUCGCAAGCCGAACGUGACCACUACCGGUACCUGCGAAAGCAGACCAACGCACGGGUGCUCCGAAGUUGCGACGGCGAGAUGGAGAGGGAGGUGCACGCGGUUUUGGCCGAGGUCGGUGUGGAUGAGAAGGUCUCAAGAAUGGUGGCUCGGAAUCUUUUGGAGGCUGAGAUCGGCUCAGACGGAAGGGCAGCGAGUGGGAGCAGGGAUAGCUUGACAUCAGAUGAGGAGAGCAAUGGCUUGAGGUGGAGCGGCGAUAUGGGGGUCACCGCAUUUUUGUUGAAGUUUGGCGAGGGGCUUGAGGAAGUACCAACACGGCGUCUCUACGUCUCCGCAAUUACCAUCGGCAUGGGAUACCUCAUCGGAGGCCUGAUCCCUCUCUUCCCCUAUUUCUUCAUCGCCCGUGCAAAGAUCGCCCUCAUCUACUCCUGCCUCUUCACCGGAUUCGUGCUACUGGUCUUCGGAGCGGUCAAAGCCCGCGUCACCGGUGCUGCUGGCAAGGGCUUCAGCGGAUAUCUCUGGGGAGCAGUUAGCACGAUGCUCGUCGGUGGAUGUGCUGCUGGUGCCGCUUACGGUAUCGUAGCCCUUCUCGAGGAUUGAUCUUUCCCUGUAUUCUGCUGUUUCUAUUUUUUGAUUUAUAUUCUUGGACUUGAUUCUGAGUCAUCAUGGUCCUGAUCCUACGCUACUGGUAUUUGGGGAGUUAUACGAGUAUUUUUAGUGUGCUGUUUAUUCUUGUCGUUUCGCAUCGCUGUCUAGUUACUUGGUCUCCAUAUGUAUCGAUUCCCUACCUCGCUCUCGUCAUGCCUGUUCUUCUCAAUACUUCGCUGAUGUAUACGAUCAUAGCCAGGAGGACGCCAUCAUAUUGUGGCGCGCCACUUGACGAGCCUCCUCGGCGCCAAUUCGGUUCUCAAUGACCACACCCG